CUCUCUGCUCCUCAAUUUUUACCCGGGUAGUGCUGUGUGCAUCGUGUUGUCAGGCAGAAAGACACACCGGGGCGGCGUGGUGUGACCUGCUCGCAUCAUUUUCCAUUUCCCUCUUCCGCUUGUCUUUUUGUACAUUUACCCGUUUUCCUAACCAUGUCGGUGCAGUGCGAGUCUGGGUUCUCGAGCGAGGAGGUGUUAAACAACCGCUUCCCUCUCCACCGGGCGUGCAGGGACGGAGACGUCGGCGCCUUGUGCUCCUUCCUUCAGACCGCCGCGAACCCGGCUGACCUCGCCGUGGAGGACACCUUCUACGGCUGGACGCCCAUACACUGGGCAGCUCAUUUCGGAAAGCUGGAGUGCGUGAUGCAGCUGGUCCAAGUGGGCUGCGGCGUCAACAUUAUGACCUCCAAGUUUGCCCAGACGCCCACUCACAUUUCAGCGUUUGGAGGCCAUCCCCAGUGCUUGUUAUGGCUUCUACAGGCCGGUGCCGACAUUAAUAGACAGGACUAUGUGGGCGAGACGCCCAUCCACAAGGCUGCACGUGCGGGCAGUCUGGAAUGCAUCAACGCUCUGUUGGUGCAGGGAGCAAAAGCUGAUGUGAGGAAUGCCAGCGGGCUGACCGCCGCCGACCUGGCCCACGCGCAGGGCUUCCAGGAGUGCGCCGAGCUUCUCUCCAAUGCCCAGAACUUCCAACAAAACAUGGCUCAAUUCCAUAACGGGGCCGUUCUGAACGGCACCGCUCGCAAUGGGGAUCAUCACCAUAACCCUACAGUCCAGAAUCGUGGCUUCUUCAAGGGUAUACCUAACAGAAAGAGAUCUUUGGAUGAGCAGGAAGUCAACCCGGUGAAGAAGGCAAGACCAAAUGGUCUGGGCAUGCCGCUUGAACCACAAAACGGUAACGAGCUACAGUUUGGUGCUGGAGACUUACCAGUGGAAAGCAUGGAGUUGGCGUCAACCGUGACCUCAGGUGGGCCGGGACCCUUUGCAUUGGGGCUGAAUGGGGUGGCGCCAACCAACGGGCCGGUGCCCUUGGAUCAGUGGGAGGACCAGGGGGGGCGGAACGUGUCCCAGCCUGCUUCUAAAGGGCUGGAGGUCUUCAAUGUGACUUCCAUGCAAACGCCUUGUCGCUGCACCAACUCUUACGCUUAUUUGUAGAGAAGCCGCUAGUGUGUGGGUGUUUCAUUUGUCUUGUACAUAUUUUGCUAUUGUCCUGUUCUGGGUUCAUUGUUAGCAUCCAACAUACAUAAAUGCUAAUGUUAGAAAGCUUUGUGUAAGCUUUUCUACUGUUAUGUAGCUAAUACCAAUCAAAAUUAUGUUAAAAAAGGACUUACUUUGCACAAUUUUUUAGGACAUUUGUAUUUGAAUGGUAAUAAUUCGGCACCAGACUCCAGUGCCUUUUGACUGGGAGGGUCUGAGGCCCUUCCAACUCAAAAAGGAUUGGCCGUCUCCGUAAAUGUGUAAUAUUUUAAAAUAAUUAUUUGUCAUAAUAAGUGGUAAGUAAACGGCAGCUAACCAGUCAGUGCCGUAGAAUGUUCACAUCAGACAGAAAAAAAAAACUUGGUUGACUAAAUGUUGAUUAGUAAUUUUUGCAAUUUACAUGUAAGUAAGUAUUUUGUAAUUGGUUCGCUGCUCAAGAUUUGCAAAAAAAUUAAAAAAUAAAGGAAGCCUUAUUACUUGAGCUGUUAUUGGAACACAUGUGCUUUUUAUCCUCCUGUAUUGAGAUUGCAUAGUAUGGGAUUUGUGUUGGUAUAUGAAAGUUGGUGUAUACUGAUGAGCGGGUCUAACCUUGUAAUUAAUGAUGUUGCGUCAUUAAAUGUUGAGCUAUUUUAUACACUGUUUUUCUUUGCUUUUUUUGACCCAUUCCCUGCUAGCUAGUGCUGGGCGAUAUGGGUCAUUUUAUUGCUCAAAUAAAUUGAGUUAUUUCGGGAUGAGUUGACUAAUCGGCUUUUAUAAAUCGUUGUAAAUGUUGUUUACUGUUAUGUUUAAACGAUAUAAUUUAACUGGAAAUAAGUGUUAUGAAAUGCUGUGAUUGUUUUCCAGUGAAAAGACUUCGGAAUUCGGAAUAUUUACAGUAGAUAGCCUCCCACUCACUUUUUUCCCUCCAUCAAAAAAUAAAAAAUUGUACAGAAAAUAUUUACUGAUUUCCUUCACGUAAUGUAGUGUAUACAGAGAAUAUACUAUAAAUAAAAAUAAUCCAUGUUUUUAUUGAAUAAAAAACAUUGUUUUUAAAACACUCAUAUGGUAGUCCCCCGGUGCUACGACGUACCCGACUUGCGUGAUUUCGACUUUACGACACCAGUGUUUCCGCUGCCGUUUUGUCGACAAUUGCGAUCUUAUUUUUUUUAUUUUAUUAAUAUCACAUAUAAUACAUGUUUUUGGAUAGUUAUUUUGAGAUGUGGUUUUUUUUUAGGGGUACUUAAAGGGUUAAUUCCGAUAUACGCGGAAAUUCGGAUUACGUUGCCAGCGUAGGAACAGAACUUGUUCGUAACCCUCGGACUACCUUUAAUUUUAAUGAUAAUUUUAUUAAUAUAUUUCCAGUUUGUUUUGUUGAGGGGAAAAAAUUCUAGUCAAUAUUUCAUAUUUUCGCUUCAUAAUUAUAUAUAGACUGCUGGCCAAAAGUAUUGGCACGCCUGCAAGAUAAUGCUCAAUUUCUCCCAGAAAAUGAUUGCAAUUACAAAUGCUUUGGUAGUAAUAUCUCCAUUUAUUUUGCUUCCAGUGAAAAAACACAAAAGACAAACAAAACAAAAAAAAUCAUUAUUAUUUUACACAAAACUCCAAAAAUGGGCCGGACAAAUGGUUUUUUUUUAGGGGUACUUAAAGGGUUAAUUCCGAUAUACGCGGAAAUUCGGAUUACGUAGCCAGCGUAGGAACAGAACUUGUUCGUAACCCUCGGACUACCUUUAAUUUUAAUGAUAAUUUUAUUAAUAUAUUUCCAGUUUGUUUUGUUGAGGGGAAAAAAUUCUAGUCAAUAUUUCAUAUUUUCGCUUCAUAAUUAUAUAUAGACUGCUGGCCAAAAGUAUUGGCACGCCUGCAAGAUAAUGCUCAAUUUCUCCCAGAAAAUGAUUGCAAUUACAAAUGCUUUGGUAGUAAUAUCUCCAUUUAUUUUGCUUCCAGUGAAAAAACACAAAAGACAAAAAAAAAAAAAAAAACAUUAUUAUUUUACACAAAACUCCAAAAAUGGGCCGGACAAAAGUAUUGGCACCCUUUAAAAAAUCAUGUGAUGCUUCUCUAAUUUGUGUAAUUAACAGCACCUGUUACUUACCUGUGGCACAUAACAGAUGGUGGCAAUAACUUAAUCGCAGUUGCAGCCAGUUAAAAUGGAUUAAAGUGGACUCAACCUCUGUCCUGUGUCGUCCUGUGUACCACAUUGAGCAUGGAGAAAAGACCAAAGAACUGUCUGAGGACUUGAUAUGCAAAAUUGUGAGGAAGCAUGGGCAAUCUCAAGGCUACAAGUCCAUCUCCAAAGACUUGAAUGUUCUAGUGUCUACCAUGCGCAGUUUCAUCAAUAAGUGUAAAGUCCAUGGCACUGUGGCUAACGUGUGGCUAAGAUGUGGACGGAAAAGAAAAAUUGACAAGAGAUUUCAACAAAAGAUUGCGCGGAUGGUGAACGUCGACUAACAUCCAAACAAGUUCAAGCUGUCUUGCAGUCCGAGGGUAUAACAGUGUCAACCCAUACCCCAUCAACGUCUGAAUGAGAGGGAAUCUAUGGUAGAAUACUCAGGAAGACUCCACUUCUGACCCAGAGACAUAAAAAAGCAAGGCUGGAGUUUGCCAAAACUUACCUGAGAAAGCCAAAAAGGUUUUGGAAGAAUGUUCUCUGGUCAGAUUAGACUAAAGUAGAGCUUUUGGGGAAAAGGCACCAACAUACAGUUUACAGGGAAAAAAAACGAGGCCUUUGAAGAAAAGAACACGGUCCCCACAGUCAAACAUGAGGGAGUUUCCCUGAUAUUUUGGGGUUGCUUUGCUACCUCUGGCACUGGACUGCUUGACCGUGUGCAUGGCAUUAUGAAGUCUGAAGACUACCAACAAAUUUUGCUGCAUUAUGUGGGGCCCAGUGUGAGAAAGCUGAGUGUCCCUCAGAGGUCAUAGGUCCAGCAGGACAAUGACCCAAAACACUUUAAAAAGCACAAGGAAAUGGUUUGAGAGAAAACACUGGAGACUUCUAAAGUGGCCAGCAAUGAGUUCAUCCCUGAAUCCCAUAGAACACAUGUUGAGAGAUCUGAAAAUUGCAGUUUGAAGCAGGCACCCUUCAAAUCUCAGAGACGUGGAGCAGUUGGCCAAAGAAGAAUGGUCUAAAAUUCCAGCAGAGCAUUGUAAGAAACUCAUUGAUGGAUACCGGAAGUUGUUGUUCGCAGUUUUGUCUAAAGGUUGUGCUACCAAGUAUUAGACUGAGGGUGCCAAUACUUUUGUCCGGCCCAUUUUUUGAGUUUUGUGUAAAAUAGAUUUUUUUUUUUUUUUUCUUCAUUUGCU